AGAGCCCUGCAGUAAACCGUAAUCGACCUUCAAACAUUGAUGCUUAAAGGUUCCAUUCCUGACUUGACCAAACCCUCAAAGAUUAUACAGGAUGGAGGAAAUGCUUCUGCGAGUGUGCAUAGUAGUGGCCAGCAUGCUGUAUAUAAAGGACCACACAGUCUUUCAAGAGCAGGAGAAAACCAUCAUCAUGGACAUGCAACAGCGGGAAUAUUUGCUGCAGAAUGAGGCGCUAAAGCUACAGCAGGAAGCACACCAGGUGACCACAGGGCUGCCGCAUUCAAAUCAGGAAGUGUCACAAAGUCAACGCAGAUCGACAGAUGAGGAAGGGGAGGGCGCUUCAGAGGUUCUGUUGACAAAGGACAUUCACGAUGAAGUUUCUAUUACUCAGAGAGCCCCCUCGAAAAAAAAUAAGAAUGUUCGAGAUGAAGACGUUUCAGGACAGGAGAAGGAAGUUCAACAUAAUGUUCAGAAAACAAAGACGCUGAAUGAAGAAAAAAUAAAAGAUGAUAAUGAAAAAUCUGUUUCAAAUGGAGGAAAUGAUAGCGAUCAGGCAGGAGGAACGUUCAACCAAAUGGCAUCUGAAAAGGAGCCACAAAUUCCAGUUAAGAAAAACACAGAAGACUUUACAGAGGAAAAACUCAGUGCCCCAAGCCAACAAUCAACAGAAAACACUUACAGCUUUUAUUUAUUUAAAUUUCUUUCUCUGAUAUCAAUGAUACGUCUUCUUAGGAAAUUCAUCAGCAAACGUUCCCAAAGUUCAGGAACAAUCAUUCCCACCAAAGACAAUACUAUAUCUAGUUCUACUGGCAUAUUAUCAAAAACAUUUAUUCCUGAUCACAAAGUAUUGGACUGCUAUUAUGAGCAGUGUGUACGAGCCUCUCCUAGCUCGUGUAACAGAGUAUGUGAGUUUGUGGAAGGUUUUGUGGAUGAACUCUUGGAAUCUGCAAGGGAAACCAGCAACGAAGAAACUGAUAUGCAGAUUGGAGACUUUAUUGGAGUAGGGAGCUUAUAUGAGAAUUGGGCUACAGGCAAGACAACGGUGUGUGACUUGUACGUACCGAUAAGUGCACCAAGGUCACAUGAAUUUGACGUUGAACUCUGGAAGGAGAAAGAUGCAUCAUUGUUGGGAUUCGGUAAAAUCAAAAUGGUGCAGGCUGAAAAUACAUCAAACGGUUGCCCAUGCAUGGAUGGGAAUCCUGGCAAUGAGGACGUGUUGUGUCUUCUUCAUACCCAUAAUGAGAAGAGCAAAGUUAUGAUGAACGCUAUUGGAGGUCCACUAUGCCAAGAAAAUACACCAUAUCUUUCUAAGAAACAAGUAGUGAGAUGGUUCAGGACGACGAUUAUGGAAGCCUGGAGAGAAAUUAGCCACAAGUAUGAAUUUGAGCUUGGAUUUCGCAGCCAAGCAGCUCCUGGGGCGUUGAGAGUUCGAUUCAGAUCAGGCCAUACCAUCCUGUUUAACAUUACACCCAUGGUCCAGGUCAAGGCUUCAGAAGUGUACAUGCUCUCUUACCUUUCCAGUAAUCAAAACAAUUCAGAUACUCAUUGGCCCAUUUCAUUUACACAUUAUGAAAAUGCCCUCCUUCAAUACUUCAACAAUAUUCUUCCAAACAAUUCAUGCCAUAUUAAGUGUCUCCAAUUCCUCUCUUUCCUACACAAACAGCAAAAUGGUCUAACAGGGAAAUGUGGGCUUACAAGUCACCACCUCAAGACCACCUUGUUACACCUGUUGAUGCGCAAGCCAACAGAAUGGAACCAUGAGCAUCUGACUGACAGACUGAUGGACAUGCUGAUGUUUCUUGAGCGAAGGCUUCAAGCAAAAGAACUCCACCACGCUGUAGUUGGGAAUGCUCUCGUUCCUAAGGACAUCGGGUUUCCUAAAGAAUUUGAAACGGCAAAGCCAAUCAAUAUUUUCCUGCCAAUGACUUUGGAUGAAGACUGUUACUUGAAAACGGUCCACCAUUUUCAGGAAUUAGUGAAGAACACUCCCGUACUGAUCCAGGAAUAUGGCUCAAAAAGCUGAGAAUUACACCAGAAAUAAGGCAUCUUGUUAAGGAGGCUUUCAAAUGGUGUUUUACGCUUCAUCAUCCCAGCCUUUUUAAAGGUAGUACGCUUAAGUACAUGUUUUCAGCCAAAUUUCACUUUAGAGAUUAUCAUUUGGGUCCUUCACUCUGAAGGUAGUGAGUUGCCA